AUGACCGCCAUGACCGCCACUUCCCCUGUGGCCCCGUCCGUUCCUCCUCCCCGUCCGCCGGCCCCACGCAAGGCGGUCGCCUUUGAUACUGAGCCACCAUCCUCUGCCGCUCCCGCUGCCGCAUCACCUUCGCGACGUCCUAUACGCCCUACUGCCACGGACCCCUUGUCCGACCGAGCGACUUCAAUUCUGAUACGUCGUACGCUGUGCGCUUCUCAGUUGGUGGAUAAGAGCCGGGAUGCGCAAGUGCCCAUUGACGAGCUGCUUCCGCCUUUGACUAGUCGCAACGAUGUUGACCUUCAGUUGUAUGCCAUUCUUGCUAUCGUGCUGAGAGAGUUCGUUCAGAGCUGGUAUAACAAAAUUACCACAGACGAGCACUUUAUAGCGGAAAUUCUGCAUAUCAUCGCUCACUGUACACGAGCAUUAGAACAGCGCUUUCGCAAAGUUGAUCUGGAAAGCUUGGUUUUGGAUGAGAUACCUGACUUGCUGGACAAGCACAUCACUUCCUACCGAAUAUCUCACAGCACUAUCACGAGACCACCUGUGGAGGUAGAUCCACGAGAAGCGUACCACGCCCUGUGCCCCCUUCCACACCUUGCGCCAGUCCCUCACCCAGAUGACCCGGCCACAAUAUCAGACCAGAAGGAGAACGAGGCUCUAUACCGUCAAUUACUCGUCCAGGGCGUUCUCGCUAUCCUCUUGCCCACAGAAGAUCUCGAGAAUCCAUGUCUUACGGCUCUGGUCCAACAAAUCUUUUCCGAGCUUAUCAUAGGCAAUGUUAUAGCCAAUAAAGCCUCACAGCCAUGGAUGUUAUACGAAGGAAUCUGCAUCACGGCCAGGGUUUUGCAACAGAAGAAAGAGCAAGGGGCAGGUGCAUCAGCAAAGCAAGACGAAUCUUCUGAACCUAAGCUUGAUGUCAAGGGCCGCCGCGCCUGGUCCGUAAGGUCCAUGUUCCUCGGCGUGAUCCAGCUUGGGAUGCUAGUAGUUGCAUCACUUCGUUUCAUCACUACUGCUCUAGUUAUGGCAUCGUCUCUUCCCGCUAGAACCACGCCCGUAGACGAAAAGGAAGCAUUGCUGGAUCACGACAUGCCCUCGAGCAGCUCACCAAGCUCGAGGUCACUCAACUAUACGAAAGCGCCGAUCCUAUCGUGUCGAGUAUGGACAUGCCUUGGAAAUGUGCUCGAGCUGAGCUUGCGCAUGCCUUGGCUCGAUGGAUUCCUGUCACUUUUACAAUACGGCGCGGUCAAUGGUCCUGGACGAAUCGCUGGCCAUGAUGGCCCUGUUGACAGGCUCCUUUCGCAUCAUAUUAAUUCUCUCUUCUCUCCUUCAAAUCUGCCCCCUCUCCUUUGUACCCUUCGCGGCGUUCUCUUCCCCAAUAACGCCCCUGGUAAGGCGUCCCUGUUCCCACCAUCUUCUGAAGCCGAGUUGCAAGCCCUGCGUCGUAGAGCCGCUAGUUCUCUUUGGGGGUUGCUACCGAAGGGUGUGGGAAGGCUAUACUUUGGCGGUCGCUUGUGGCGGCGAAGUACGAAGGCCGAAGGCGAGUCAUCGGAUGAUGAGGACCUUGUCGAUGAGAUGGAGCGGCUCCUGUUCGUGCUAGACGAUGAGUACUGCAACAAGCAUCUGAUGUACAGCAUUCUUGAGCUGGUGCUUGCCAGGCUAAUGCCUGAACUUACCGAGAAAGGCGUGACAGAGUUGUGGGAGGAAAGACUAGGUUGA